ACUACUCCGACAUCUCACACCCCAUCAGCCUCUCGGAUUCCCAUCAAAAUCAAAUGAUCAAAUUAAUAUACUUUAAUAAAGAUCGAUAAAGAAAGUGUAGAUUCCAUUCCAUCUGAAGACCUCUAGCCUCGUGGCUUGUGCUGGGUUUGUCUUUUUCUCUUGCAUAAGUCUCAAGUUUCAAGCACAACUGCACAAGUGUCAGGUCUCGCAAGUGCUUCAAGACCUGAUGAUCUCCCCAUGUUUACUUUGAAUUGCGACUUACGAGUUUGAAGUCUCCCUGUUUCAUUUUUCAAUAGAGAUUUCUCAAUUUAUCACAGAUGGGUAAGUCAUUCUCUUUUGCUUUUAUAUGGGCCAAGGAUCUUUUUUCUGUAAGCAAUGCUGUAGAUUAGAGAUGAGAAAGGUUUUUGUUUGGACCCCUUCUCUUCCGAUUGUUGUUGGGUUUGAAUUUGAUCAGAAGCUUGGAGCUUCCUCCACGCUGAUCUGUUUCUGUCGAUUUUUGGGAAUUUGGGAAUAGGUUUUAUCUGUAAAAACUGAAGAGAGGCAGGACAGAAAGGGGUUCUGAGAAGUAUGUUGCCUAUUGGGGCUUCGGUUUCCGUCGAAGAGGAUGAUGUGGAAUGCUCGUUUGCUAUCGAAUACAAUGGCCCUCCUGUCUCAUUUGAUCUUCCCCGAGCUGUUCCUAUUGACAUCAAACGGAUUCCAACUGCUGCAGUUGUCGCCUCUGCUGCUUUGGCCGAUAACGUGUCCUUGCCGGUUGUUCAGCCACUCGUUGCAUCAGAUCCUCUUGACAAGAAACUGUCCAAAGAGAUAACCCAUGGUUCUGUGGCCGACGUUUCACCCACUUCCGUCAUUGCAUUUGAAACGCGAAGUAGAGAUGGCCAUGAUUUUGGAUUGUCGGAUGAAUUCAGUAGCUCGGGCACUUUAGGGUUCUCAAAUGGCCAACACGGUUCUUGUGACUCAUCGGAUGUUAUAGAUGGUGGCUCCGGUGUGUUGGGUUUCUCGAAUAGCAGGGAACGUUCUUGUGAAUUUUCAGGAGGAAUAGGGUGUUCAGGCAUUUCGGAUUUUUCUAACAGCCAUGAUAACUCGAAUGAGUUAUCCGGAAGCUCAGGUGCAUUGGGAUCUUCAAGAAACUGCAAGGAGAGUUUAUACUUUGAAGAAGAUAUAAAUCCACCGGAGUGGGGCUCCAUUGAGUCCGAUCUGAGUCCGCAGAUUCCGUCUGAAGACAUUUCUUCUUGCAAGGCAGAGGAUGCCAAUGAUGAGCCAUCUUGCAAUGUUAAAAGAACAUCGGUUGUAACAUUCGUUGAUGCUGAAUCAAGUGAAAUAGUUGAAGAGGAAGUCAGCUCUAACACAGCAGAAGUCAUCCGAGAAAAAAUUAGGCCUGAAAGAAAGGGACAGAAAGGGUCGUGUUAUCGUUGCUGUAAAGGAAAUCGAUUCACAGAGAAGGAGGUUUGCAUUGUGUGCAACGCAAAGUAUUGCAGCAACUGUGUGUUGAGGGCGAUGGGGUCGAUGCCAGAGGGAAGAAAAUGUGUUACUUGCAUUGGGUCUCCUAUCGAUGAGUCAAAGAGAGGGAGCUUGGGUAACUGUUCUCGAAUCCUGAAGCGGCUUCUUAGCCAGUUGGAAGUUCAACAGAUAAUGAAUGCUGAGAAAUUAAGUGAAGUGAAUCAGCUGCAGCCGGAGCUUAUUUAUGUGAAUGGGAAGCCGCUUAGUCAAGAGGAGCUGGUCGUCUUGCAAAGCUGCUCAAACCCACCAAAGAACCUAAAACCGGGACUUUAUUGGUAUGAUAAAGUGUCUGGUCUUUGGGGGAAGGAAGGACAGAAGCCAUGCAGCUUUAUUACUGCUGAGCUAAAUGUUGGGGAUCUUAUCAAGCUAAAUGCUAGUAAUGGAGACACUGGGAUUCGUAUAAAUAAUCGUGAGAUUACUAAAGUAGAACUUCGGAUGCUUAAGUUUUCAGGAGUACAAUGUGCAGGAAAACCACACUUUUGGGUGACUGCGGAUGGUUCGUACCAAGAAGAGGGUCAGAAGGAUAUGAAAGGGCGUAUAUGGGACAAGCCCAGGACAAAGCUUUUUUGUGCUUUUCUGUCACUGCCAGUUCCUUGUAAGGCUUCAAAUACUCGUCAAGAAGGUGUUAAUAAUCUGGUGAACGGAGUUGCCCCGGACUACCUUGGGCAAAGUGCACUUCAGAAACUUCUUUUAGCGGGAUAUAAAGGAUCUGGGUCAAGUACCAUAUUUAAACAGGCCAAGAUUUUGUACAAGUCGGUCCCUUUCUCAGAGGAUGAACGUGAAAAUAUCAAGCUGAUGAUCCAGAGCAAUGUAUACAGAUACCUGGCUAUACUGCUUGAGGGGCGUGAACAUUUUGAGGAAGAAAGUUUGACUGAGAUGAGGAAAGAACAAUCUUGUGAUCAAUCUGGUGUCCUAGGUAAUGCCAGUGGAAGUGAUGAUAAAACCAUCUAUUCCAUUGGCCCAAGGUUGAAGGCAUUCUCAGAUUGGCUUCUCAAAGUUAUGGUGUCAGGUAAUUUGGAAGCCAUUUUCCCAGCGGCUACUAGAGAAUAUGCUCCAUUAGUUGAGGAGUUGUGGAAGGAUGAAGCAAUUCAGGCCACAUUCAGACGGAGAAGUGAACUACGAAUGCUACCUGCUGGUGCUAGUUAUUUCUUAGAGCAGGUUGUUGAGAUCUCUAGGACCGACUACGAACCUUCCAAUAUGGACAUCCUAUAUGCUGAGGGAAUCACUUCAUCAAAUGGGCUUGCAUCCAUGGACUUCUCAUUCCCCCAGUUGGCAUAUGAUGGCAUCCGUGACACUGCUGAUGAGCGUGAUCCCUUGCUGAGGUAUCAACUCAUUAGAUUGCAUGCGAAAAGCCUUGGGGAAAACUGCAAGUGGUUGGGGAUGUUUGAAGAUGUUAGACUGGUCAUAUUUUCUGUAUCCUUAAGUGAUUACGACCAAUUUUGUGAUGAUGGGAAUGGGCCCACAAUAAAUAAGAUGUUGGCUAGCAGGAGGCUAUUUGAGAGCAUUGUCACUCAUCCUGCUUUCAAUCAGAUGGACUUUCUUCUGAUACUCAACAAGUUUGAUCUGCUUGAACAAAAAAUCGAGCAGGUCCCUCUUACUGUGUGCGACUGGUUCAAUGACUUCAAUCCAGUGACCAGCCGCCAUCGCUCCAACAAUGACAGUAUCAACAAUAACCCUUCCCAAGCUGAGCAGGCUUUCUACUAUAUUGCUGUCAAGUUCAAGAAACUGUUCUCUUAUCUUACCAGACGUAAGUUGUAUGUUUCACUGGUGAAUGGGUUGGAUUCAGAUACUGUUGAUCAAGCGCUCCGUUAUGCAAGUGAGAUUCUGAAGUGGGAUGAAGAAAGACCAUACUUCAGUGUCAAUGAGAACUCGAAUUACAGUACGGAAGGAAGCUACACUUCCACUUGAUAUGUUGAAUGGGACUGGCUUGUAAAUGCUCCAGCUCUUUGUUUUAAAUCACUAAUCGGUGCGAGUGUACAUAUACUGAUAUACAUGAUACGUGUAAAGUGAAAAAAAAAGAGGGAAUUUUUUCAAGAGCAAGUUCAACAUUGCACCCUGAAAAUGAAUGAUUCUUAAGCUAUUGUAGUUCUACGUAUACUGUCACAUUUUGUAAAUGUUUAAUAGAUCUUCGAUCCACUUCGGCCUA